AUGGAAGACCUCCUCCCCCCCGGCGCCGAACCGGGAACCGUGCCGACCGACCUCGAACAAGCGACCGGAUUGGAACGGCUGGAAAUCCUGGGCAAGAUGCAGGGGAUUGAUAUCUUCGACAUGAAGCCCCUCCCUUCGGAUCGAGUUGGAACGAUGCAAGAUCCCAUCAUGGUCAAAUCCGCCGGAGAUGAGCUACAGUGUGGAUGUACCGGCUGUCCGGCUGACUCACACGCGGUGAGAUGGGUCGUGGUCUCCCGAGCGCGCCCCUUCGAGCGUUGCGACGAAUGCGGCAGCGUCUACAAGAUGGAAUAUAUCGGACCGCCGGACGAUCCGGAUCACCCGCAUCAUGGUUACGAGGACCCCAAGACGAUGGCUGACUAUGUCAAGCCGGAGUAUUGGUAUCGAUGA